AUGAGCAACAUUACAGUGGUGAUUGAAUUCCUCGUGGGAUUCUCUGACACCAGGGAGCUCCAGGUCCCGCACGCCUUCCUGUUUUUGUUGACCUACUUGGCUACUCUCAUGGGGAAUCUUCUCAUUGUUGUCCUUGUCACCCUGGACAAGUGCCUUCACACCCCCAUGUACUUCUUCCUGAAGAACUUGUCUCUCUUUGAUCUUUGUCUCAUUUCCAUCAUAGUCCCCAAAUCCAUUCUCAACUCCCUUUCCAACAGAAGCACCAUUUCUUUCCUGGAUUGCUUCUUAGAGGUCUUCUUAGUGGUUCCCUUUGCCUCUUCUGAGGCAUUCAUCCUCACAGCCAUGUCCUGUGACCGUUACGUGGCCAUUUGCCACCCACUGCACUAUGGCACCAUCAUGAGCAGGGGAGUCUGUGUGAGGAUGGCUACUACCUCCUGGUUCUUUGGAGGAUUCUUUGGCACUUUAUUCUCAGCUGGCACAUUCUCUUUAUCUUUCUGUUGCUCCAGGAAAGUCCUGCAGUUUUUCUGUGAUGUCCCCUCAAUAUUAAAGAUUUCUUGCUUAUCUAAGGCACAUAUUGCUAUUGAUAUAAGUGUGGCAAUUGGAACAUUUUAUGUUUUUUUUUGUUUACUUGCUAUUGUUUUCUCAUAUGUCUAUAUUUUCAAUACAGUACUGAGCAUACCAUCUGUGCAAGGCUGCUCAAAGGCUUUCUCCACCUGCUUGCCACAUCUUAUAGUUGUGACCACAUUUCUCCUGACAGGAACCGUUGCCUAUCUGAAGCCAGUGCCAGAUUCCCCCACUUUCCUGCACCUGCUGAUAUCUGUAUUGUAUUCUGUGGUACCUCCCACUCUGAAUCACAUUAUUUAUACUCUGAGGAAUAAGGAAAUCAAGGCAGCACUGAGAAAGCUCCUAUGGAAACUUUGUGGCAGUAAGAAAUACUGGAAAUAG